GACGCCCCGACGCGUGCGAGGGCCAGGUCGGCGCUGGCCCCGCGAGGUGAAGCGAGGCAACCCGCGUGCGGCGAUGGCCUCGCUGCUGGGAGCCUACCCGUGGCCCGAGGGGCUGGAGUGCCCGGCCCUGGAGGCCGAGCUGUCGGACGGGCUGUCGCCGUCGGCGGCCCCCCGCCCUCCGGGGGACAAGGGUUCGGAGAGCCGUAUCCGGCGGCCCAUGAACGCCUUCAUGGUGUGGGCCAAGGACGAGAGGAAACGGCUGGCGGUGCAGAACCCGGACCUGCACAACGCCGAGCUCAGCAAGAUGCUGGGAAAGUCGUGGAAGGCACUGACGCUGUCCCAGAAGAGGCCCUACGUGGACGAGGCGGAGCGGCUACGCCUGCAGCACAUGCAGGACUACCCCAACUACAAGUACCGACCCCGCAGGAAGAAGCAGGCCAAGCGCCUCUGCAAGCGCGUGGACCCCGGCUUCCUCCUGAGCUCUCUGUCCCGGGACCAGGAAUCCCUGCCUGAGAAGAGGAGCAGCAGCCGGGGGGUGCCGGGGGAGAAGGAGGACAGGGGUGAGUACUCCUCCAUCACCGCCCUGCCCAGCCUGCGGGGCUGCUACCACAAGGGACCAGCUGGUGGCGGCGGCACCCCAGGCAGUGUGGACACAUAUCCAUACGGGCUGCCCACGCCCCCAGAGAUGUCUCCGCUGGACGUGCUGGAGCCGGAGCAGACCUUCUUCUCCUCCCCCUGCCAGGACGAGCCGGCCCAUCCCCACCACAUCUCCCACCUGCCGGGGGCCCCGUACUCACCAGAGUAUGCCCCCACCCCCCUGCACUGCGGCCGCCCCCUGGGCUCACUGGCCCUUGGCCAGUCCAUCAGUGUCUCUAUGAUGUCCACCGUACCCGGCUGCCCGCCAUCCCCUGCCUAUUACUCCCCUACCACCUACCACCCUCUCCAGUCCAACCUCCAUACCCACCUGGGCCAACUCUCUCCGCCUCCGGAACACCCUGGCUUCGAUGCCCUGGAUCAGCUGAGCCAGGUGGAACUCCUGGGAGACAUGGAUCGCAAUGAAUUUGAUCAGUAUUUGAACACUCCUGGCCACCCAGACUCUGCCGCCAGUACCAUGGCCCUCAGUGAGCAUGCCCCAGUCUCCCAGGUGACACCAGUGGGCCCCACAGAGACCAGCCUCAUCUCAGCCCUCGCUGAUGCCACAGCCACAUACUACAACAGCUACAGUGUGUCAUAGAGCCAGAGGCACCACGUCCAGCCCAGCCCUUACACCCUCUUGUUUCAUUCCCUGGGAGGAGCAGAGAGCCCUCACAGCUGUCCUGCCCUCAGCCAGGGAGGCCGGAAUGCCUGUCCAGAGCCUUCAGCCUAACGCCAGGUAGGCUCUGCUGAUCUGAGACCCCUCUGUCCCCUUUCACCGUCUGCUCCCUGCAGCAUGCAUUUUGAGUAUAUUCCUUCAAAUGAGCUGUCACUGGCUGCAUGCUGGGAAUAAGGCCACCAAGUGGUUGAGAGAUGCUGUCUCCCAGCUGAGUGUUCACUGACCUCUUUUUCUUGUCCCUAUGGUUGAGACACAUGGUGCAAAGCCCAGCAGCCUUUGAACCUCUCCUGGUUUUGGCCAACUGCACAUGGUCUUUGGAUCCUCCAAGUGAGAAGAGCCCCAGGCGGGGAUCCUGGAGGUCUGGGAUUCAGUUCAGUUUCACCAUGGACACUGGAGAAAUGUGGACACACCACCUCUCCCCAUCCAGCCCAUUCCCUCAUCCGUGAAGCGAGGGACAGACUGGUUGCCAGGAUUGCCUUCUGCCCCAUGGUUUUCUAAGUUAGGAUUCUUUCAAGGCUAAACUAAAGGAAAAUGGGAAAAUGUGACUCAUUAAUGAGCUCAUUAACAUGCAACCUGGUGAUGAUUUUUGUGUGCACAGCCCAGAGACACAAUGCUCUCUGCACUUUCUGCACUCCCUCCAAAAUGACCAUAGAAUUCUGAAAGGACUCUUCCAAUUUGAGAAAAAGCACUCAUCCCGAUUUGGGGAAUUAACCUGUAUGGUUAACUACUUCACUAAAAAUAAGAUUGCAUUCAAACUGUUUUCUUAAAUACAGAAAGGAUUUAAUGUGUUUAAUAUAAUUUCUUUCUUAUUGUACACACGCUUCAAGGGAAUUCACAGUCUGGAAAUACGCAAUGAUGAGAGACACCUCACUCUUCAUGCACGCGCGUGUGCGUGCAGCCUCAAUCAGGGACACGCUCAUUAACAAUGGCAACUUCUGGCCAACUCCCUUUUCCUAAGGACCCGCACAGCCAGGGGCCCUGAAAGGAUAUCUUAAAAAGCAGCAUCGCUGUCUUUAAAUCUGGACAUGCUGGUUUCUUGAGCAAAACCGCAGCACGUUCUCCCCUGUGUAGAUGGAAAAAGGGUUUCCUUCCCCAGGCCCUCCACUUCUCUCUCUUCCUCGCCAGGACUUCUUUUUCUCUUCUUUGCUCUUCUUCCUUUCCUGAAUUGGUCUCUAACUCAAAGAAACCCGGACUUAAAAUCCCAAGCACAAUUCCUCUGCUGUGAUGGGAAUUUGUUUCUCUCACGAGCUGGCUGGUCCUUCCUGCAAUAUUUUUACGAUAAGUUCCCCAGAUCAGAAACUCACUGUGAUUCCAAAAAUGUUUCUGACCCUGGCCACAUUUCCAUGUUUCCCAACUCUCCUUUGAAGGAACAUACCUAACAGUGAGCUCAGAGACUGUUGUUUGUCUUUUAAUUUCAGCAUAUUGUUGCCUGUAUGAAAGCUGUGUUUUAUGUAUUCUAUUAUUUUCACCUUAUAUUUUGUAUUGUUGACAGAUCUUUUUUUUUCCUUCCAAGAAGUCUUAUUGUAAAAUCACUUAUAAGAUAUGAUUAAUCUUUAUGCUAUUACUGUAUAUGCUAUUUGGUAAUACAUAGUAGAUUGUUGAUGAUAUAAUGGACUGGUUCAGAGCCCAGAAUGUGUAUUAAUAAUCUUGUAAAACAGUAUCACAGACAUUAAGCUAAACUGUUCCAUUUUUUUUUUUGUAAGAAUUACACGUGCUUUUUGGAACGGUUGUACAUAUUGAUUUGUUGAAAAUAUUUAAUUUAAAUAAACAUUUUUUGUACCAUGACACCUCUAUCCUUUGAAAUACAGUUUUGCAACAAGAGAAAGUGUCCCAGCGAGGCAUCCUAUUCGGUGCUGUCUGUAGUACUGGUCAAAAUGUUUUCUGCAUCAGCUUUUUUUAUCUUAAAAUGUUGUUAUCUUGUAGGGGUGGUUUAUUUUAUUUUAUGAGUUACAGUAAAGAGA